AUGCCAUUACCUAUGGACUUCAUCUACCGCUAUUCUUUUGAGCCCACAGACUGUGAUACUGAUGGUCUUUGUGAUGGCGUCCCUAUCCGCAAGCACAAGGGCUUAGACCUUGAUGAAGUUGCGAUUUACAAAGCCCAGUAUGAUUGGGAAGAACAUGUGGGACCCAAGCUACCUUUCAGAGGUGGUAUGGGCCCAGUGCAUAAUUUCAUCUGCCUCACAUUGCCCGAGUGUCUGCCCGAGAGACUUGAGAUCGUCUCAUAUGCAAACGAAUUUGCGUUUCUUCAUGAUGAUAUUACAGACGUGGAGUCAGCAGAGACGGUGGCGGCUGAGAACGAUGAGUUCCUUAAUGCCCUGCAGCAAGGUAUCCGAGAUGGGGAUAUCGAAAGUCGCAAUUCUGGAAAACGGCACCUUCAAGCCUAUAUCUUCAAGCAAAUGGCAGCCAUCGACCGGCCGCGUGCAUUGGCAGCCAUGAACGCGUGGGCCACCUUUGUCAAUACAGGCGCUGGGUGCGCCCACGACACAAACUUCAAGACCUUUGAUGAAUAUCUUCACUAUAGAUCAACUGAUGUUGGUUAUAUGUUCUGGCACGCUCUCAUCAUCUUCGGCUGUGCUAUCACAAUCCCCGAUCAUGAGAUCAACCUGUGCCACCAGCUGGCUCUCCCAGCAAUCGUGUCGGUAACCUUGACCAAUGAUAUCUGGUCUUAUGGUAAAGAAGCCGCCGCAGCGGAGAAGUCUGGAAAGCCUGGCGACUUUGUCAAUGCUCUUGUUGUUCUUCAAAGACAGCAUAACUGCUCGCUUCAAGAAGCCGAACGUCUCUGCAGAGCACGCAACAAGAUCGAAGUCGCCAAGUGUCUCCAGGUCACCAAGGAGACAAGAAAAAGAAGCGACGUUUCUCAAGAUCUCAAAGACUACAUCUACCACAUGCUCUUUGGUAAGUGGAAAUGCUAUCUGGAGCACUCACAAGCCAGGCUGCUGCAGACAAAGGAGCAGCUCGAGUCUUCUUAUGAUCCGGUACAGGCUGCUAAAGAAGCGUCUAUGACAGAGGCCACCGAAAUUCACAGACUGUCGACGCCGGAUAGCCCCGGCAUCGAAGAGCUUUCAGUCAGGGCAAUCUUGGAGAAGAACCGUCAGAAUGACGACAAGCCUUCUGAAUGGGCUGGCGGUUCUGAGACAUCUGAGCCUACUACCAGUGACCACUCCCUUGAGAAUGGUCGCGACGAUUCUUCCACUGCCUGUAGCGCUGAGGAAGCAGACCCCAACUCCGAUACAAGUAUCGCAGGCAAUGGGUCUGGAUGGACAGUUCCUCAAUCGGCUGACACUACGCACAAGAAAACAUGGUCUGAUGCUUGUGCUCAGAACCUGCCUCCGAUGAAGGACGAUGUCGUCAUGGAGCCCUAUCGAUAUCUGUGCUCCUUGCCUUCCAAGGGAGUUCGAAACAAGGCAAUUGAUGCUCUUAACUUCUGGCUCAAGGUUCCUGCAGAUCAAGUCAACACAAUCAAGGCCAUUACCGAAAGUCUUCAUGGGUCAUCACUUAUGCUUGAUGAUAUUGAAGACCACUCUCAGCUCCGACGUGGCAAGCCAUCUGCCCACGCUGUAUUUGGUGAAGCGCAGACGAUUAACUCGGCGACCUUCAAGUAUAUCCAGUCUGUUAGCCAGCUGAACCGGCUGACGAGCCCCAAGGCAUUGGGUAUCUUUGUUGAUGAGAUCAGGCAGCUGUUCAUCGGGCAGGCGUACGAGCUUCAGUGGACUUCCACUAUGAUCUGUCCAUCACUGGAUGAGUAUCUUCAGAUGGUUGAUGGCAAGACUGGUGGUUUGUUCCGCCUCCUGAUGCGACUCAUGGCGGCUGAGUCUUCGGUGGAUGACAAGGUCGACUUCAGUCGCUUAUGCCAACUAUUCGGUCGAUUCUUCCAGAUCCGCGAUGACUAUGCCAAUCUCAAGCUUGCCGAUUACACUCAGCAAAAGGGAUUCUGUGAAGAUCUGGACGAGGGCAAAUUCUCCCUAACCCUCGUCAUCAUCUUCAAUGAACCCACCAGGUCGCCCAAAGCAACAGCUCAGCUGAGGAACCAGCUGGUUCAGCGCAGCAUCAACAAAUGUAUGACCUUUGAACAGAAGAUCUUGGCGUUGGACCUUAUCGAGGAGGCUGGUGGCUUUGUGGAGACUGAAAAGGUACUGCACUCGUUAUACAAUGAGCUGGAAGUAGAGCUACAGAGGCUAUCUGGUGUCUUCGGGGUGGAGAACCAUCAGCUUGAGCUUAUUCUUGAGAUGCUGCGUGUGGAAUAG